UGCCACUGAGACUGAACACUUUAGCAUUUCUGCAACUGCCAUGACGAGACUUGCUUGGGCCAUCCUGCUGCCUCUGGCCGCUGCGCAACAACCUACCAAAGACUGGUGUGCCACUGGGACAAAGCUUCCAGACUUCACAGAGGACGAAGGGCAGGCAAGCGUGGAGCUGGUGUAUGCACAGAGCCCCCUCUUCUCCACGAAUCCCAAGAUUGGCACCAAGCUGCGGUGGCUGAACCUGUAUCACACCGCGCUGGUUGUGGUGCAGAAGCUUCCAGGUGUCGAGCCCAAGAACUGGACCAUCGAGUUCGACUCGGUGACAAACGUGGCUGGCGCCGUUCUUCCAAAUAUCAGUGGAAUGAACCUCACCUGGAACAACGAUGCACGGUACUGCGUGACCGAGGGUAUCCUCUGGGGCGAGGCUCACUGGAGCAAAAUGUUCGAGGUCGCGGUGCGGCUGAGCGCGGCGCAAGCGCGGCAGAUCUUCACGGAAUUCAUCCCCUCGGUAAACAACACGGCCCACCACACGAAGCCCUUGUACCAGCUUUGGCGUGCACAAAGCCGGACAGACGAGACCCUCGUCAAGGACAUCACCUGCGGUGAUGGAGUGAAUUGGAUUUUGCACUAUGCCGCCACUGUGCUGCAAGUGAAGCCGGUCGCCGGCUUUGAGCUCAAGUUCACGUCCAUCGUUUUCCGCGCAGACAGGCUGGACCCAGUGGACAGCAGCGAGUGGACAGAGGUGGUCAAGUACUUCCAAAGCUUGGUCCAGUUCAUGGGCCCGCACCAGUCGGAGCUGCAGAGAUUCCUGGAGUUCCUGCACCUCAUGCCCAUCCACUACGUCUACGAUAGCAACGCUAAGGCCUACUUCCGGGUCGAGGGCAACCACUUCCCCUGGCUGGAGAUCCAGUACCAGCCCAUAGAUCUCGAAGGGCCGCCCUGGAACCACACCGAGCUUACAAGGCUGCCGGAGACUGUUAUCGUGUGAUGCAUUUUCGGCGAUGUAUAGUCAAUGCUUGGCGCUUGGCCAUUGCAUUUGCAUUCUCACCACCAUCUUGAUGAGUCGUCCAA